CUACAUUGCAGUUGAGUGAUAUAGCGUCGUUUGAUGAUGAAGGCUUUUUUUCUUGCGGUUGUGCUUCUUUUUGGCUUUGCCAGCGCCAGACCAAAGCCGGAAAAGAGAGACCUGAGUUGCACAUUUCCAAAGCAAUUGUCGGGAAGACUCUACAUGGUAACCUUCUCUGGCUCUGGAGGCACGUCUAAGAUUGACAUGACAUUCAACAUGGACUCAGAACAAGAGAUAGCGCAAUUCACCUCAAGAAUUGACGGUCAAGAAUAUAACUCGAUAAUGGAUUACAAAGAGAGCAAGGUAUACACGGUAGCAUCUGAGAGAUGUUAUGUUUCAUCGCUUGACGGUGAAAUAUUUCCGACUGAAAAUCUUAAGGCCCUGACAGAGUACACGAGUGGAAAACUUGGAAUGAAAGGAACCUUGGUUGAUGUGUACGGAGGAGUGAUAGAUAAAGCUCAUUUCAUUAUUACUUUCGAGUCUGGCGCCCAGUGCAUACCAGUCAGCUUUGGUUCAACGGAACCGGGAUCUGCUACCUCUGCAAGGUAUUUCGACUUAAGAACCAGCGUUGAUCCUGAAAAAUUAAAGAUACCAGAACAUUGUAGUGUUGCUCCGUCACACCGCAGAUCCGUUACAGACAUGAUUCAUCCAAAAAGUGUUCAUGCCGCGAGCGUGCAGGCAGCUAUGAGGAGGGGAGUUUCCUGGCUCCUUACCCAAAGGGACCAGAAAAGAGGAUUCCCUUGGACUAAUCUGCAGAAGAGGGGAUUCCCUUGGACUAAUCUGCAGAGGAGGGGAUUCCCUUGGACUAACUAACCUGCAGGCUCCCGACAAAGGGUGAUUAUCCUGACCCGUCAAAGGAUAACAGAGAAGAUGAGCAGUGCAACCCUUGCUCAGUCGAGUUUCUUUUGAAUAAAUACAUGAUUGUAGUUGUGUCUUUGAGCAUAAAAUUAAAGUUGAUUUGUUCAUCAUUA